GUCAGUAUAAUCGCCACAUGUUUUUCAUCUGUUUUAAAUUCAUUGAGUUAAAAUCAUUUUCCUAAAUCAUAAAGUUAAUCCCCAAGUUUAUCAAGGACUUAAUCAAUUAAUUUAAAAGUGUUUCUCUAAUUUUUGAACUAUAAUGUCUUUAGAUCUUUCAGGUGGUAUGGGAGACCUUGAUGCUAGCAGCGUUGUCGUCGACAAAGAUCUCCAAAAUUUCAUCAUCCAAGAACAACAAAUUGCUCAAUUCAACGCUCAGGUUCACAAGUUAACUGAACAAUGCUGGGAAAAAUGUGUCACUGACAAAUUGACUUCUAGGUUUGAUGGAAAAACUGAAACAUGCCUGACCAAUUGUGUUGAAAGGUUUAUUGAUGCCUCAGUGGUUAUCGCUCAAAGAUUUUCAUCGAUCAUUCAAAAGCAAGCUGGACAUUAGCUACAAAAUAAUAGUCAAGAUUCGUUUGAAAUGAGAAAAAAUAUAUAAAACAGAUUAGUUUUCAAAUUAUUUGUUCGCUCUUCAUUCUACUGUGAAAAGAAACAACAUUUAGUAUAAUAAAAAUGAACAACAACUGAAAAUCGCAA